CUUCGUGAGUUUAAUCCUUCCCUUCGAGGGUACUCCAUUGACAAAGGGAACCAGGACUCAUCUAAUGCCUUCCUGAAUCAGGCUGUGGCAGGAGAUCGCUCAGAGAAUGUCCCUUCGCAGGCGAGGAGACUGGUGGACCUGAUGAAAAAUGAUACUAGAAUAAAUUUCCAGGAAGACUGGAAGCUCAUAACACUCUUUAUAGGAGGAAAUGACCUGUGUGGAUUCUGCAACGAUCCAGUGCAUUUUUCUCCUGAUAACUUCACCAACAAUAUAAAAAUAGCUUUGGACAUACUUCAUAGAGAGGUUCCUCGGGCAUUUGUGAAUCUGGUGACAGUACUUCAUAUAGCAACCCUCCGGGAUUUGUACCAGGAGAAGAAAGUUAGCUGCCCAAGGCUAAUCAUGAGGCAGCUGUGUCCUUGUGUAUUGAACUAUGAUGAUAAUUCCACUGAAACUAAGAUGCUAGAGUCUUUUAAUAGAAGGUAUCAGGAGGAAACCCACCGAUUAGUUGAAAGUGGAAGGUAUGACACCAAGGAAGAUUUCACAGUGGUUGUGCAGCCAUUUCUGCAGAGAGUGACCAUUCCAAAGACUGAGGAGGGGUUGCCUGACAGCUCGUAUCUUGCCCCAGACUGUUUCCACUUUCACCAGAAGACUCAUUCCCAGGCUGCUCGUGCCUUGUGGAACAACAUGUUGGAACCUGUUGGGAACAAGACAGAUGCAUAUUUUCUUGAAACGGUGAUAACUCUCAAAUGUCCAAGUCAGGCUGAGUCAUUCCUCAGGACGUACAGGAACAGCAAUUAUACGUAUCCCAACCAAACUACGCCAGAUGUAACAACACCGCUACCAUCAUCUGCUACGCCGACCCCAGCACAGGAACCAGAUCAGAAUCAUGGGAGCCAGCUGCUGUGUGAGGACAGGGCUCCAUCCAGCUCUUCUCCAACUUCAGUGCAUGCCCUCAAACCAGCUGAUGUGCGAGUGAUAGCAGCCCUGGGGGAUUCUUUGACUGCUGGUAAUGGAAUUGGUGCUGAACCAAACAAUAUCUUGGAUAUGAACACAGAGUAUCGGGGGCUGGCUUGGAGUAUUGGAGGGGAUGCUUCGUUAAAGAAUGUAACAACCUUGCCUAAUAUCCUUCGGGAGUUCAACCUUAACCUCACGGGUUACUCGACUGGCACAGGGGGAGCAAGUGAGCCGAAUGCCUUUCUCAAUCAGGCAGUUCCUGGAGCAGUGGCUGAGAAAUUACCAGACCAAGUAAGAGCCCUGGUGAGACUAAUGAAAAGUGAUCCGAGAAUUGAUUUCAACACUGACUGGAAGAUCAUCACUGUGUUAAUUGGAGCCAAUGAUCUGUGCAACUACUGCAAAGACCCUAAUUACUAUUCAGCUGUAAAUUUCACCAGCCGCAUUCAAGAAGCCCUCGACAUUCUGCAUGCAGAAGUUCCCAGGGCUCUGGUCAAUCUGGUUGAAGUAAUGGACCUCCUCCCCUUGAGGCAAAUGUUUCUGGAUAACCAAGUACAGUGCCCCACACAUCUCACUGGAGAACUGUGUAGUUGUGUUCUUCCAGUGACAGAAGGGUCACAAGAGCUAGCGAUGGUGAUGGAAGCUACCAGAGCCUACCAGAACAGCACUCGAAAGCUAGUGGAGUCUGGCAGGUAUGACACCCAGGAGAAUUUCACGGUGGUACUGCAGCCUUUCUUCCGAAAUACCAAGAUUCCUCUUCUUCAGGAUGGACAUGCAGAUAUCUCCUUCCUUGCACCAGACUGUUUCCAUCUGAGUCAGAAAUCCCAGUCUCAGCUCUCCAGGGCUCUCUGGAACACCAUGCUUCAGCCUGUAGGGGAGAAAACGGACUUCUUUGACCCCAAGGCUAACACUACCCUGAGUUGCCCAACUCCGCACAAACCCUUCCUGGGAACAUACAGGAACAGCAACUACACAUACCCACCUCUGGAACCUACUAACAAGCCAAUUCAGAAUUGGGGCAGUGAUCUGUCAUGUCCUGCACAGACUCCAUCUGAAAGUGUCCCAACAUCAGUACAUAAGCUACGGCCAACAAACAUCAAAGUCGUAGCAGCGCUGGGAGAUUCCUUGACUACUGCUGUAGGAGCCAAAGCAACCAGCUUGAAUGACCUGCAAACAGCCUGGAGAGGACUUUCCUGGAGCAUUGGAGGUGAUGGAACCCUGGAGACUCACACGACUUUACCCAAUAUUUUGAAAAAGUUUAAUCCAGAACUCUUCGGCUUCUCCACUGGCACCGAAAAGGAAACAGCCGGGUUCAACUCAGCAGUGGGAGGAGCCAAAGCAAACAAUAUGUCAACCCAGGCGCGUGAACUGGUGGAGCUCAUGAGAGGCAGCUCGAAAAUUAACUUCAAGGAGGACUGGAAACUGAUCACUCUCUUCAUUGGAGGCAAUGACCUGUGUCAUUACUGCUUGGACAGGGAGACCUAUUCAGUAGAAAAUUAUGUAAAACAUCUUCAGGACACUCUUGAUAUUCUAUACCAGGAGCUCCCUCGAGCCUUUGUCAACCUGGUGGAGAUCAUGGAGAUCGCUGGACUGCGUCAGAUAGAAAGGGAAACUUCGGGAUGUGUCGUUCCAGGGACGACUCUUUGCCCAUGUUUCUUAACCUCACAGGAAAGCUCCCCUGAACUACAAAAAAUGAAAAUAAUUAACAAAGAUUUUCAGAUCAAAAGCAUGCUGAUGGCUAACAGCGGUCGCUAUGCACAGCGUGAGGAUUUUACUGUUGUGGUGCAGCCGUUUUUCCGAAAUACCAUCAUCCCACUAGACAGCAAUGGGAAGCCAGACCUGAGUUUCUUUUCCAUGGAUUGCUUUCAUUUCACUGAGAGAGGCCAUGCUGAGAUGGCCAUAGCGCUCUGGAAUAAUAUGCUGGAGCCAGUUGGUCAAAAGCAGAGCUACAAUAACUUCGUCCAUGACAGAUCCAAACUCAAGUGUCCAACCUCAGAGAAUCCAUUUCUUUUCACAUCCAGAAACAGUGGAUUGCAAAAUACAGCUCCAGUAGUGGGGGCAGGUGACCCAUCGGUACCUUACUGGGCUGUGAUUUUGGCAGCAAUAGCUGGAGUCCUGGUGGGUUCUGUACUCAUUGGAGUUUUGAUGUCAAGAAGAUACAAGAAACACCACCAUGAGAGAGACAAAGCAACAGAAGUGAAUUUAACAGCUCUAUAAACCAGAUGCAUAUGAAGAAUUUACAUCUGCCUCCACUGGAACUGGGGUGAUGGGGAGAGCAGGAGAAAAGCAGCUUUUGAUAUCUAACUUUUUUAAAACUAAUCAAACUUGCCCAUUUAAAAAUGGAGGCACAGGUAUUGGCCAAUGAUUCUCCACCCAGUCACCAUGAUGACAGAGGACAGUACUAUGUUUGCUUUACCUGGCAGUGUCUGCUGCACAUUGGCCAUGCGUAGGAAGGAAACAAACAUUUCUUAAUGUAUGAAGUCUUCCUCCUUCGAGAUGCACUAAUUCUCUGUAUGAUUGAAAUUGUUCGGGAUGCCAGUUCCCUGCAUGGAGUGAGAAAACUAUUCAUGUAUGCUGUAACCUUAUGAAGUGCAUGCCCCCAACCUGUUUUGUGAGGGACACUGGGUUGAAUAUAAUGGUUGGGCAUCAUUGUUAUGGACUGUUAACCAUUCCCCCCAAUAGGGUAAUAAAUUCAAAAAGGAAAUCAGCAACGUCUUUGGUUGGAGUCAAGGGAGAACCCUGUGUUAAUACAAUAAGAGUCGGUGUUAAGAAAAAAGAAGCUUUAUCAAUCAUUUCAGCCUGGCUAAAAGUCUAAAUAGAACUGACUAAACCUUUCUCAAAGGGCCUGUUUCAGCAUGCGUAAACCCCAACACGGAAUCUUUGCAGUCUGUUCUUUAUUGAAGUUGUCCAGAAAUUCAGAUCAGGAACAUGGACGGGAUCUUCGCUGGACAUUACAGAGAUCACCUGUUUCAUUGUCUUGUACUUUUCUGACAUAAGGGAGAUGACUCAGACAGACUGUCUGGGACCUUGUUUUCUGACAUCCCUGUAAUUUCCUGUGUUAUCCAUUUUAAUUAAGAAAUUCUAAUUUUAUUGAAGCCAAACUUUAAUUUGCUGUGUUUUUGCCAGGUGUGUAUUGUUUCCAUUCUAGGACUCAUGAAUACUGAGGAUGCGGUGUAACGGGAAUGGUUCCCAGCACAAAAGCUGUGCAGCCUUGGACACUCAAUCUGUUCAUCAUUCACCCAAAAGAUACUUUUCCAAACACACAUAGAUGCCCUGAUUUCCCCAUCUCAUCUCUGUGAUCUUUGCAGGGAUGUAGAUAGGACAUAAAACACGCUGGGAUAAUCAGGUUUCCAGAAUCACAGCUCCACUAACCCCUUCUUUUAGUCUGCUCUCAAAGCUCGUUAUUGUGAAUAAAAUUUGUGUGUUUGAGAGUC